CGAUGGCCACCGCUCACCCCCUGCUCCUCCUUCCUCUGCUCCUGGCCUCGGCCUGGGCCCAGUGCCCGGCGCCGGCGGAUCUGAAGAACGCGGACGGGAGCAAGAUCUGUGCCCAGCUGUACACCGACGACAGCCCCUACUACGCCCAGUGCUGCGGGGGCAACGUGCUGCAGGUGCAGCCCGGCGACGACGUCCCCUACAUACCGCUCGGCUGGAACGACAAGAUCUCCUCCCUGGUGGUGGCGCCGCGCUGCGAUCUCAGCGUCUGGUCCAGGAACGGCAAGGAAGGCUACAGCCGCAAGUUCAACAGCGGGGUGGUAUAUCGGCUGCGGGAGAUCAAGAAGGGGCUCUUCGGGGACUGGGACAACUCCAUCUCCGCCUACUACUGCAAGUGCAACUGAGGCGAGGCCAGGGGAGAAGCAGUGAGACCAGGCCUCCAGCCGGGCCAAGCCUUUAUCCCACCGCUGGCACCAAACCUUCCGCCGGGCCAAGCCUUUAUCCC